AUGACAAAACUUACAGAAGAAAUGAUUAUUGCGAGAUCCAAACAAUCAGAUUUAUCACAAAUUAAGAAACUCAAUUGCUGGGGAUCGGAGCUAUCGGAUGUCUCAAUUAUUCGAAGACUUAAAGGCGUCGAAGUAUUAGCUUUAAGUGUUAAUAAAAUCAGCAACCUUGCCGACUUUGAAGAAUGCCCAAACUUGCAGGAAUUGUAUUUACGUAAGAACAAUAUUCAAGAUAUCAACGACCUGGUGUAUUUACAGAACUUGGCAAAACUUAAAUAUUUAUGGUUGGAAGAAAAUCCUUGUGUGGAUGCAUCUGGCGCAAACUAUCGACGAAUUGUUUUACGAGCCCUACCGAAUUUAAAAAAAUUGGAUAAUGUUGAAGUGACACCGGAGGAAGUGAGAGAUGCAAUGAGAAGUCCAAUGACCGAACAACCAGCACAAUCACAGCAACAAAUUAGAGAGGAGCCGAUUGAGGAAGAUUAUGAGUCAAACUAUCGACAACAGGCAGCUAAUUCAGGAUUUCGUGGUCAUAGUCCGAUCAGAGAAGUAAGAGAAAGUCAACCUCUACCUCCUCAAUCAAUGCAACAAAGUCCCGAAGGUACGGAAUCGGAAUGUGCAAGCGAUCCUAUUGAUCGUCCUCCGUCAAUCUCGUCACCCAUUCAGAGAACACCCUUAAAUCAUCGUCACAAUGAUAACUAUUCACCAUCAGAAAAUAAUCACACACCAUCGCCAAGGUAUCAAAAUCAACGAAUGCAGCAGUCUUAUGAGAGAUCACCUGACGACUCGCCACAAAUUAGUGGAAAUUAUCGAGAUCCACGAGGUCAUAUGUCAACGUCUAUGUCCACACACUCAAUGAAGGAUUACUAUCAAGGUCAACAACCGCCAGCACAUUAUCGACAUAGUCAGUCAGAUUUAACAGGCGGAAAUGGGGACUGGGAGGAGAACAAUCAAAAUGGAAAUCAUCGAGAAUAUCCACAAGAAAAGACUCGACGAGGAAUGAUAACAAAUGGUGGCAGUCAAGAUCGAUAUCCAGAUGAACGCAGGGAAAACUUUUAUCAAUAUCGCAAUGGAAAUAUGUCACGUGAGGAUUUCGGAGAGGAUUUAAGGCGAGGAAGAAGUGAGAAUACUGUCAUAUCAAAUGCCGUACUUAGCCAUCUUGCAGGACUACAUCGAAGGCCAGUCAAUCGAAGCUCGAAUUUGCUGUCAGCUGUCUUAUGCUUAGUGAAAGAAUUAGACUAUCCAUCACUCGAAGUUGUUGAGCAUGCAGUCCGAUGUCGAUUAGACGAAUUGGCUGACUCUGUAUAA